UCCAAUAGAUUCCACGAAAAUCGAAAUCCAAUUUGAGGCCAAGUCGGUCGUCGUAACUUGCGUCAAUCUAGAUACCUACCGGCGAUCCUCACAUUUCGCCGCCGCCGUCCCCUGCUCUCUGGUACGUCGGUCGGUCGGCCCAUUAAUCCUAUUCUUUUCUUCGCGACAUUUCUUGGAAUCGACCUGUAUAAUCUACUUUUCGUGGCUUAUUUGUUUUACUCCUUGGUUCGCUGCUAAUUCUUUUACCAGGUACGCAACUACUACUUCACAAUGACUGAUUCUGUGAUUCUAAAAUUCGGAAUGCAUACUAAUACGACGAUGGCCUCCGUCCGUAACCAUUCUGCUGAGAGCACAUCUAUUUCCAAUGUCUUAUGCCAAGACUACUUCAUUUUUCCGGGUGAAACUGCCCUUGGGGAUGGAUUCCGGGCCUUUCUGUAUUUUCUUGGUCUAGCUUAUUGUUUCAUCGGAUUAUCAGCUAUAACUGCGCGGUUCUUCCGGUCUAUGGAAGCUGUUGUUAAGCAUAGCCGGACUGUGGUGGAGAUAGAUCCUUUGACAAAUAGUGAGGAGGUUAGACAAGAAAAGGUGUGGAAUUACACAAUUGCCGACAUCACUCUGUUGGCGUUUGGGACUAGCUUCCCCCAAAUCUCUUUGGCUACCAUUGACGCCAUACGAAACAUUGGGAACUUGUAUGCUGGAGGUUUGGGUCCUGGAACACUUGUGGGUUCUGCUGCAUUCGACCUAUUUCCCAUCCAUGCUGUUUGUGUGGUGGUACCAAAAGCUGGAGAGUUGAAAAAGAUAUCGGAUUUAGGAGUAUGGCUAGUGGAGCUUUUUUGGUCCUUUUGGGCUUACAUAUGGUUAUACAUUAUCAUAGAGGUGUGGACUCCAAACAUUGUUACCUUGUGGGAAUCCUUAUUGACAGUGCUCCAGUUUGGGUUACUGCUGAUGCAUGCUUAUGCUCAGGACAAGCGUUGGCCCUAUUUGUCUCUUCCUAUUGCAAGAACUGAGAGGCCGGAGGACUGGGUGCCAGAAGAGGUUGCUUCAUGCAAACAUGAUAACAGUGUCUCCGUUGAACACUCUGAUGAUAUACUAGAAGUUGCUGAUGAUGAACGGAAAGCCAUUGUUGAUAUUUUCUCUAUUCAUUCAAGAGAAGGACCUGUGUAUCAGAGCGUGCCUGGUAAUGAUCUAGCUGAAGCCCCUGAUGAACCUUUGAACAGAAAGAUUGAUGUCGUACAAUCCCACUUGUUCUUAAUUUGGAAGCAGCAAUUUGUUGAUGCGUUCACGGUGGAUAGCACAGAAGGGAGAAAAUUGAACAAUAUCUACCUGAGGCUUGCGAGAAUUUUCUGGCAGACACUCCUUGCACCAUGGAGAAUUUUGUUUGCCUUUGUACCUCCACAUCAAAUAGCUCAUGGCUGGAUUGCCUUCAUUUGCUCUCUAAUUUUCAUCAGUGGGAUAGCAUACAUUGUUACCCAACUCACAGAUCUAAUUACGUGUGUCACAGGAAUAAAUGCCUACGUGAUAGCAUUUACUGUAUUGGCGAGUGGAACCUCGUGCUAUAGCAAACAUCACUUGCAGCAAUUCGGUGAACAUUUAUGUGGGCAUAGGCAUUCCAUGGCUCAUUGACACAGCAUACAACUACAUAGCCUAUAAGGAACCGUUGAGGAUCAAGAAUGCCGAGGGGCUCAGCUUCUGUUUGCUUGUUUUCUUUGCUACUUCUGCCGGCUGCAUUGUUGUUCUGGUAUUUAGGCGAAUAACAUUGGGUGCUGAGCUUGGAGGGCCAAGGCUAUGGGCCUGGGUAACUUUUGUGUACUUCAUGUUGCUUUGGAUGAUUUUCGUUGUGCUGUCCUCCCUUAAAGUUUCAGGCAUCAUCUGAGGAGUUCAAUUUUCCCCUGAAAUAUUAUUUGUUUCACUUCCCCUACUUUUCAUUGAUAGUGCUUUGUUGUAAAGCUUUCUAGGAUUCAAAUAUAAAAUCCAUACAAGGGUUUGGUCAUCCAUUGUGAUAGAAUUAGUAAAUGAAUAGAAAAAGAGAACGUUGACUGGUUUCAUGGUAUUCAAGGACAUGUAUUGCUAGACCAAGCUUCUUUAAUAGUGCAAGUAGUAUUACAAUGGUC